AUGACCACUGUGACUACAGUUUCUUAUCGCUUUAAUAUCAAUGGCCAGUAUACUGAUAGGAUCAAUACUAGAAGAGGAAUUAGGCAGGGGGACCCAUUAUCUCCUCUCCUGUUUGUAAUCAUCAUGGAAUAUUUCAGCAGGUUACUUCUCAAGAUGCAAAGGAAUCCAGAGUUUAACCACCAUGCUAAAUGUGAAAGGCUGCAAAUAACUCACUUAACCUUUGCUGAUGACCUUUUGUUGUUCUCUAGAGGUGAUCAUGUGUCUGUGGAAAUACUUUAUUCAACUUUGAACAAAUUCCUGUAUUCUACAGGUUUGAAAAUAAACCCUUCCAAGAGCAGGGUGUAUUUUGGUAAUGUACCUGCGAGUGUCAAGUGCGGAAUCCUCCAUCUAACUUCAUACAAAGAAGGGUCUUUCCCUUUUAGGUAUCUUGGUAUCCAGUUGACGAGUAAGCGUCUUGCUGUGAUCCAUUACAUGCCGCUGUUGGACAGAUUACUUAGCCGGAUAACUCACUGGAGCUCUAGAUUGUUGAGUUAUGCAGGUAGGCUGCAACUCAUCAAGAGUGUGCUUUAUGCUAUCACAACCUAUUGGAUGCAAUGCAUUUGGUUUCCAAAAACGGUGAUCAACAAAAUCAAUGCUAUAUGUCGCUCCUUUCUGUGGUCAGGUGGUAAUAAUAUAAGCAGGAAAAGUCCAGUAGCGUGGGAAAAUGUUUGUAAACCACAUGUGCAAGGCGGACUAAAUGUGAUGAAUUUGGAAGUGUGGAAUAAUAUGUUUGUGAUAAAACUUCUCUGGAAUAUCUAUGCAAAAUCUGAUGAUUUGUGGGUGCGUUGGAUACAUGCUUACUACUUGAGACAUGAAGAUAUUCUGACUAGAAUGGUUAAGGGAUCUGACUCUGGAAUUUUCAAAGCGAUUCUAAUACAAAGGGACAAGCUAAUGACCAUACAGAGUACAUGGGAUGCUAUGCUGCAGAUGGGUAAAUUCCAUGGGAGGAAAGUGUAUCAAAGCCUCCUACCUAUUACUCCUAAUGUUCCAUGGGCCAAAUUAAUCCUUCACAAUAGAGCUAGACCCCGGGCAAUUAUUACUCUCUGGACGAUCUGUCAUGGAAAGCUAGCAACCAAGUCAAGACUGUUCAGAUUUGGCAUGAUCAACAAUAACAAAUGUGCUUUUUGCAAUGAAGAGGAAACCAUUGAUCACUUAUUUUUUUGUUGUGUGGAAUUGAAGCAAAUAUGGAGUGGUAUUCUUAAGUGGUUGGGCAUUCAACUCACUCCAAAAAGAUGGCAAGAGGAAAUGCAAUGGGCUCUGAGCAAUUAUGGUGGGAAAGGCUGGCAAUCUGAUCUGGUUAGGCUUGCCCUUACAGAAACUCUUCAUGAGAUCUGGCUUUAUAGAAACGAAGCAUGUUUUAAUCAUAGAACUGAUAAUAGGAAUUGCCUUGAUAGAAUUAUUUACAAUAUAAUGUAUAGAGGGUGGACUAGUCCAAAGCUUAGACCACGUAUAGCUAGGUUUAUUUUGCCACGUAUAACAUUUUUAAUAAGUAAAUCCACAUAA